AUGCUUACCAUGUAUGAAAAUGAGAAAGAAGUAACCAUUUAUGUGACAACAGAAAAUAACCUUGACUCAAAUAACCUUAAUGUUAGUAAUCAGUUAUGCGUUAACAGAGAUGAAAUACAGUAUGAAGAUGAUUCAGACUAUUGUCCCAGUGUAGCAAGUUAUUAUAGCCGUCUUAGUUCUGAUAAUGAAUAUGAGCCGAUGACAGAUGAUGAUGAGGCUGACUCAUUUAGCAAGAACAGUUUAAGCAUGAAGGUUAAGAAAAUGGUGGAAGGACAUACAUGUUCUCGAAGUAACAAGGGUGGUAAUAAGCGUGCUACUCAAGGAUGGGUUGCAAAUAUAGUUACUGAAAAAUUGAAAUCUGAUGGGGAUGUCUCUCCUAUGGAGCUUAGAAAGUGGAUUACGAAAACUUACAAUGUUGAAUUACCAUAUCUAAAAGUAUUUUAG